AUGAACGACGCAUACGCAUUCAUUAAUCGGAACUUGAUUAACAAAUUGCUACUGGCCCUACCGCCCCCCGCGCCGCCCGCCCCCGCCCCCGCUCUCGCGCCUCACUGUGCGCCCGACAGCGUCACAUCUGAUGACUUCAUUACGGGAUCGAUAUCUUACUUACGUAGGAAUAACGUGUAUCUAGAUGUGAAGGCUGGCCGCGGCGGGCGAGGCGGGCCAGCCAGCGCGCACCGACACUUGCUGCUCGGAGCUCGCAGCCGCUCGUCGCUAUUCGUCCGUCGCGUUUAUCAAACAGUCCCUUAUUUUCGCUUAAUUAGUCCACGAUUCUCACGAGUUGUCGCCAUCGUCCUGCGAAUCCGAUUUAGGUAUUUUAAUGAGCUCCUUGGAAGCCCACCGAUCCCCUCGCCCCCCGUCUUCCUCUUUGUCCCCCGUCCCUUCUCCCUAACGGACGGACGUUUUUAUCGAUCCAUGACACAAGGUGUUCAAGAUUUAUGUGUUGCUGUUUUGGCAAAAAAGCACCAACAGAGAUUGGGCAUUAUACAUGAUCAU